GCUUAUAUCAAGAUCUACCAGGGGGAAGACCUGCCACACCCAAAAUCCAUGUUGCUGGCCACGGCUGAAGCCAACAAUCUGGCGGCUGUCGCUUCGGCCAAAGACCUGUAUUACAGCAGCAUGGAAAAGAUCUGUGGCGGGGACAAGCCCUACGUGGCCCCCGAGCUGUUAGAGGUAAAGCACCGGGAGCAGAGCACGCGGGCUUUGGAGCACUUCCGGCGCAUCAAGAAGAUGGGCGGCCGGGAGUUCAGCCAGCGCUACGAGGACGAGCUGAUGCAGGAGAUGAGCGACCUCUUCGAAGACCUGGCCAAGCAUAACCAGAGCAAGAACAUCUUCAACACGUUCCGGACGCCCGCCAUCCUCUUCGGGGUCAUCGUGGUGCUCUACGUGGCCUCGGGGGUCACCGAGUAUGUAGGACUGAGCCUGGCCGCCCAGCUGUGCAACUUACUCGUGGGGCUGUUGCUUCUCUCCCUCCUGGCCUGGGGCUACAUCCGAUACUCGGGCGAAUACCGCGAACUGGGCAUCGCGAUCGACAGCACCGCGGAGUUCGUGCUUCAGAAGAUACGGGCUGUGGG